GCUGUGCACUGGCAGGCUGCAGCUGUCAAAAGUCGGCCCGCAUGAGUGAGGGAUGAGGAUCUUGUGCCUUGCUGCCCGUGAGCCUCAGUAUAGGUAGCGGUAUGCUCUAGAGUGGUAUGCGAAGGAGUGGUAUAGCAAAACCCUGGGGAGAGAUAUUGAGAGAAUUGGAUGCUGGCGCUAAGAAGUCGACUUUGUCGUUAGGGCGGCAAUUUCUUGUGCUUCUGAUGAUCUCACACACAGCAUCCUCGUGCGGGAAGCUGCUUAGAUAGAUUGCCCCCCUUAUGCUCUAUUUCCCGCUUUCUCCUGUCAUUUAGCAUGGGGCCUGUGAAACACGAGGAUGGUGGGGAUAGUACUGACGGUGGGGAUGGCACUGACAGUGGCAGGUUGCGCAAGAAGAGUCUGCGGGGUGCUAGUGGCAAAGCAGCAUGUUCGCUGCGUCUGGAGCAACAGCAGCCGGAGGAGGAGCAGGUGGGGACCAGCUCGGAACGGCAGCACAUUUGUGAGGUCUGCGCCAUAGCCUUCUCAAAGCCAGCACAUCUGCGACAGCACCUCGUGAUCCAUACAGGCCAGCGGCCCUUCCCUUGUCCCCACGCUGGCUGCGCGCGCACCUUCAAGCGGCAGGACCACCUGCGCCGCCACCUGCUGAGCCACAGCCAGCCGGUCCUGCCCUGCCCCAUCCCCGGCUGCCCCGUCACGUGCAGCCUGCCCGACAACCUGCGCGCGCACGUCAAGCGCCACCAGGCGGCCUGCUUCCGCUGCUCAGAGCCUGAGUGCACUUUUGAGACGGCGUUCAAGCGGCAGCUGUGGGAACACACGCGCUCCUGCCACGCAAGUGGCCACAUGUGCCAAGAGCCAGGGUGCAGCAAACGCUUCAAGUUCAGAAGCCUGCUGACUGCACACCAGGCCUCGGUGCACGGCUUCACAGCCAACCGAGCAGCGCCACUCGUCAGCAACAUUGGCGCAUCUUCAAACACAAAUCGUGGUCCAGGCUGCAAAGAUGCGCAGGAGUGCUCCACUCCAAGACCAGGCGAUUCAGGCCGCAGCAGCUCAGGAGCAGCCACGUCAACAGACGAGGAGGCUGGCUCGGGGCCACCCGGGCUGGCUUGCCCAGUCCCAGGCUGCACCGCCCAAUUCAGGCUGAGGAGGUCACUCAAGCAGCACUUAACGGUCGCCCACCUGAAGGAGGCACGACACCCCUGCAGCACCGCUGGCUGCCCGGCCUCUUUCUUCACCGAGGCUGACCGGGCCCGCCACUCAGCCACCAAGCAUCCACCAGCCGGAGUGGGUGUGGCCACUGGAGGCGCUUCUCAGUCUGGUAUGCAAGCAGCACGCCAAAGACCUAGCAUAGCCAGUAUACUCGACCAACCGACGUUUGCGGAUCCCAUAUAGUCGAUGCGCUUAGGAAACGUGAGGAGGAGCGAAAGCGUUUGCACUCUGAAUCUCUUCAUGAAGGUGUAAAGUACAUGUUUCAGGUUUAGCAAAAGCACUGUUAUAGUUCAUGGUCUCCGGACCGAGCAAAAAUGACAUCUUAGAGCGCUAACUUGCGGAAUAUUCCAAGAGCUCACGAAGGUUAGCGUAUAAAGUCGAUGUUGCCACUAUAUAUACGUACUUGGGAAGGGAAAGUGAGAGUACUCCUUUGUUGCCGCCAUGAAUGCCAUGAA